GUUCUCCCCGACUGGCUUAAGAGCGGCUUGAGGGUUGCAGGCGCGGUGUCUGGCAGGAGCGACAUCAUCAAGUACGUGGGCGAAACUGUUGACAGAUUUCUCGAUAGAAAAGAUCGGAUGACCGCUAAGGAGCUGAAAAAGCGUAAACUUCCUGAGAUGAUUCCAAACAGAGAAAUGGCACUCGCUAUUGACCACGGCCUCAAAAGUGCAGGAUUGUCAUUAGAGUAUUUCAUUCCGAAGGUGAAGAUGGCUCCGUUAGCGGCGAACGAGAUUCGAUACAUCAUUGAACUUCCAGAGGACAGGCGGGUUCCAGGCACGAGUAGGUUCAGGAGUUGCAUCACGAACAAGGACAAUGGGCCGACGCGGGUGGAGUUGCCACGUCAGCUGAACUGGGCCGAAGGUUGUAGCUCGCUCCACUCGCCGAGUCUCCACAAGUCUUUCGACGAGGGCUCGAUCGGCUUGCCGAUGACUCACUGGAUGGAUUGUUUUCUCGGAGUGCGCGGUGCAUCUAUUGAGGACAAGUGGCAUCGCUUCUGGAACGACAUGAAGGGCGCGCUGAUCGAGAACGACUUGUGGUCGGUCAUCAGCGAGCGCACGGUUGUGUUCAACAUGAUGACUGCCCCCUUCGGCCACCACAAGUUCUUCACUGAAAUCUCGGAGGACAUCUGCGCAGAGAAGGGCAUGCUGGACGACUUCGGCAUCGGCACCGAGAACCACAAGGAGUAUGUGUGGAACAUGGUCAAAAAUAGCAUUGCUUGGUCGAUCAAAGGCUCCAGAGUAAAAAUUGGCAGGUGGGCUAGUUGGAUCAGCGCUAACCGUGAGUGGAGGGGCAAAAAGAUGGAAGUAUUGUUGGUGUUGGUGUACAUUGGCAUGCUACAUGGUUGGUGGAAGUCCCUCGACGGAGUUCCGAUCACGCCGUCGGCGAUGAAGAUUCUCGAGAUGGCGAUGGAGCUGGGUCUGGAGCUGCACCCGCGGCUGGUGGUGCAGCGCCUGCGGCUGGUGCGGCUGAGGAGUCUCAGGCGCCUGGUGGUGGAGGUGAUCCACCUGUCGAUCCAGGUGCUCCAGGACAGGGUGCUGCUGCUGCAGGUGUUCCUGCUGCCGUCGGUGAAGGAGUCCAACGAGCAGCUGAAGAAAGUUCGGAACAAGUGCCAGAACACGCUGCACUUCGUCGCGCAUGUCUUGAGGAACCACUUCGGCAACCAGGUCGCGGAGAUCAUCGACGCAGGCAUCUUUCACUUCUCCGAGUUCUUCGAUAUGAACAAGUCGAAGUGUAAGACCAUCAAGGGCGCGCUUGACUUCCACGUCGGCUUGACCAAGCGCAGGAUCAACACUGUGAUCGCGAAGGCCUUCUCUUCGUUGUCCGACCAGAACACAUACAAUAACGUGAAGUUGCACCGCCCCGAGUUCUUAGACGUGGUCCCCGAGCUGUUGGUCAUGCAGGAUCAAGGUUGA